AUGUCCAGCGCAAGACCCAAACCGGGGGAAAGGCGAGGCCAAGCGCGCUCCAGCGCAAGAGAAGAAGCCCGGGCAAGAGCUGGGUCCCACCAGCCCGGGCAGGCCCAAGGGCAAGUUCCGCUUGGGGUUCGGCCUGAGUUUUGUGACGUCACGCUGACGUUAGCGCACGGUAAUUCAAAUUUUUUUUACUGUUGGCGCGUGGAUUACGCUCGCCAAUGGUAA